CCAGUUCAGAGGAGUCGCCCAUGGCAAAUAAUCAGAUUACAGCGGUCACUGUCACUUCCUACUAGUGCAGACAGCAAGCAGAGGAGUUGCCCAUAGCAACCAAUCACUUUCCAGCUUUCCCUUUAUACCAGUGCAGGCAGAAAGCAGAGGAGUUGCCCAUAGCAACCAGAUUCCAGCUGACACUGUCACUUUCUACCAGUGCAGACAACAAGCAGAGGAGUUGCCCAUAGCAACCAAUCACUUUCCAGCUUUCCCUUUAUACCAGUGCAGACAACAAGCAGAGGAGUUGCCCAUAGCAACCAAUCACUUUCCAGCUUUCCCUUUAUACCAGUGCAGGCAGAAAGCAGAAGAGUUUCCUAGAGCAACCAAUCAGAUUUGAGCAGUCUUUCUACCAGUUCAGAGGAGUCGCCCAUGGCAAAUAAUCAGAUUCCAGCUGUCAGUGUCACUUUCCUCCAGUGCAGACAGCAAGCAGAGGAGUCGCCCAUAGCAACCAACCACAUUGCAGCUGUCAGUCAGUCUGCUUCUCGGUGACCGCAUUACUUUUGCCCUGAUUUUUUUUUGUUUUUGUAAAUGGCGCCUGUGUUUCCCCCCCCGUGUCUGUGUGUAUUAGUGGCCGUCUCUUCUGUGGGGAAGUGAGACGCGCUUCCUGAGGGAGGGACAGUCACUGAGCGGCCCUGACACAGACUGUCUCUGCCGCCGAGGAGGGAGGAACAGAGAGUGCGGGGCAGAGGAAGAGACAGCCGGGAGGGGAGCUGCGGGGGCUCCGAUCUCCUCCUGAGGGAAUGGAGGAGGACCGCUCUGCAGAUGAGUGCCCGCCGCCAGGGUGGGAGAUCCGUCUUCAGGCACAGGAGGAAGAAGUCAUGUUGCUGAAGUCGGCCUUAUGUGAUGUCCUCCAAAGGAUCCGCAACCUGGAGACCCAAUUCCCUUCUGGACGCUUUUGUGACUCCUCAUCCUCCAUUGAGCCGCUUCCCAGUGACGUCACUUCAACGCUGAAAGCUUCCAGUGAGCCCGUGGAAAGGGCACCGGAUUACAGAUCUGCACUGUGCACCGUGGGAACACAAACAGAUUGGUCCUUGGUGGAUAAAGAACCCAAAGACUGUCUAGAAGCCGUGAACGAGACCGUAACGUGCGAGAAUGACUCUGUCAAUGGGGAAUCUGCUGAUGGGAUGGCAGACCCUGAAGAGGGGGUGUUUCAGAGCCCGACGCCAGAAGAUGGCGGAGCCAGCGUACGCGUGGUGACCCCGGUGAGGCUGAGCAGGAAUGAACUGUUACGCAGGUACAGCUCCUCUGAUAAACUGCUCAGAGAUCCAAAAGAGAAGAGUAAGAAACUAGAGAGGAAAGUUCUCUCCACGUCCAAUCUUUUCAGUGGUUCUUCUGCGUCAAAACGGGGAAAUUAUAACAUAGAUGGUAUGAGCGUAAAGGUUUUCCUCCGCGGUCGACCAAUCACAAUGUAUAUUCCGUCCUGCAUAAAAAACCACGAUGACCAGAAGCCGGAACUUCCCAGUGAGAAGCUGCAGUUAGACUGGGUUUAUGGCUGCCGUGGCCGCGAUUCACGAUGUAACCUGCGUAUGCUGCAGUCCGGAGAAGUUGUCUACUUCACUGCAUGUGUCAUAGUCAUCUGCGAUGUAAACCGCGGAACCCAGCGCCACUUUUUACGGCACACAGACUGCGUUCGCUGUCUGGCCGUCCACCCUGAUGGAGUAAGAGUGGCGUCUGGACAGACAGCUGGAGUGGACAAGGAUGGUAAGCCCAUGGUGUUCAUAUGGGAUUCGUCAUCUCUUCAGAUAUUACAUCAGAUUGGUUUGGGCUUCUUUGAAAGAGGUGUGGGUUGUCUUGCCUUCUCCAGUCAGGACUGUGGCCUAUACCUUGGAGUUAUUGAUGACAGCAAUGACCACGUGCUAUCAAUCUGGGACACAGUGAAAGGAAACAAGAUUGCAGAAACAAAGUGCACAAAUGAGCCUGUUCUCUGUGUCGCUUUCAACCCCGUGGACAGCUCUUAUAUUGUCACCGUAGGCAAGUCACACAUACACUUCUGGAGCUGGAGUGGCGCUUCACUUACUAAGAAACAGGGCAUUUUUGGGAAAUAUAAAAAGCCUCGCUAUGUGCAGUGCGUACUCUUCGACCGAACUGGGGACGUCCUUACUGGAGACUCGGAGGGACAGAUAUUAACCUGGGCAAGAAGUGCAGCAGAUACACGGACGUUGGGCAAAGGUGCAAAAGAUACGUAUCAGAUAUCACGUCACACACGCGCACAUGAUGGAAGCGUAUCGGCAAUGACCUCUCUACGAGGAGGUUGUGUGCUCAGUUCUGGAGGAAAGGACAGGCGCUUGGUAUUAUGGAGCGAGACGCUGAGCCAACUCAAGGAGUAUGAGAUUCCCGAACAGUAUGGUGCCGUACGUUCCAUCGCUGAGGGCUUGGAAGGAGAGCUGCUGGUUGGAACAACGAAGAACGCCCUUCUAAAGGGGUCUUUGGAACAUGGAUUUACGCCUGUUAUACAGGGGCACACAGAUGAAUUGUGGGGUCUGGCUACCCAUCCGUUUCAGAAUAUGUUUCUGACCUGUGGGCAUGACAAGCAGUUGUGUAUCUGGAAUGGAAAUGACCAUACUCUGAACUGGGCUUGUGUGCUGGAGGAUCCUGGUUUAUGCGCAGAUUUUCAUCCCAAUGGAAAAGAAGUUUGUGUGGGUCUGAGCACAGGAAAGUGGAUGGUCCUGGACCUGCAGUCCCGCAAAAUUCUAUCUAUGCACUCUGAUGGGAAUGAGCAACUUUCUGUGGUCAGGUACUCUCCAGGGACACUCUAGCUUUAUCACACAUUUGGACUGGUCCAAAGAUGGAAAUUACAUCAUGUCAAACUCUGGAGACUAUGAGAUACUAUACUGGGAUAUCACUGGAGGCUGCAAACUUCUCCGAAAUCGAUAUAAAAACAAAGACCGCGAGUGGGCGACAUACACAUGUGUACUGGGAUACCAUGUUUUUGGGGUUUGGCCGGAAGGAUCUGAUGGGACAGAUAUUAACGCUCUCGCCCGCUCCCAUGGGAUGACCAUGAUCUCGGUUGCAGAUGAUUUCUGUAAAGUCCAUCUCUUUCGCUAUCCUUGUAACAAGCCUAAGGCACCAAGCCAUGUCUAUUCCGGUCAUGGAAGUCAUGUGACCAACGUACGCUUCACUCACGAUGAUAAUUAUCUCAUUUCGUUGGGUGGAAAGGAUGCUAGCGUUUUUCAAUGGAGGGUUGUGAAAUCUGGCAAUAUUCCUCGCAGCCAGUCAGUGUCCUCCACCUCCUCAAUAGACGCUGCCCACUGAGUGAUAUCUCCUAAUUCACAGGACUUGGAAGAACUACUUGGUGAACAAAAAGAAACAUAUCGGUCUUGACUUUCACAGCCAUUGUAUCUGCCAUUGUUGCCUUACUCAAUAAUGUCAUAUAGGGUAACGCCGAGCCCACUUCAUGCAAGUACCUAUUGGCAAUGGUGCCAAGACAACAGCCUGCGGUCAAUGGCACAAAAUCAGAAAUGUUAAUACGGUACAACGCAGCGAGUAGUUUCAGACAUGCUAGUGGACCUGCUUUAAGCUGAUGACAUUUCCUUUAUAUUCCCUUAAAGGGGCCAUCCAAUUAAAGGUGUGUGUCUGAGUUGGGGCUAUGCUUAAAAUGAAAAAAAUACUUUCACUCAUCUGCACUGAUCCCUGCCUCGUGGGUCCAGACAGUGCCCGCUCCCAGUUGAGCAGUGUGUCUUAAAGGAGUACUCCUGUGGAAAACUUUUUUUUUUUUAAAUCAACUGGU